GCGGCGGCGGCGGCGCUCAUGGCGGUGCGGCGGGCGCUGGCGCUGCGCUUGGCCUACGCGGCGGCCGGCGCCCUCAUGGGCCUCUCGGCCUUCUUCACCUGGAGCCUGGCGCCCGCCUUCCGGCAGCCGGCCACGGCCGCGGCGGGGGGGCUCUCGGGUGUUCUGGCGCUCUGGGCCCUAAUCACGCAUGUGAUGUAUGUGCAGGAUUACUGGAGGACCUGGUUAAAAGGGCUGAGGUUCUUCCUCUUCAUCGGGAUCGUCUUCUCAGCUCUCUCUGUGGUGGGAUUCUGCACAUUCCUUGUUCUGGCCAUCACCAAGCACCAGUCCCUGACUGAUCCCAGAAGCUACUACCUGUCGUGUGUCUGGAGUUUCAUCUCCUUGAAAUGGGCCUUUCUGCUCAGUUUGUAUGCUUACCGGUACAGGAAUGAGUUUGCAGACAUCAGUAUCCUCAGUGACUUCUAACACUUGGACUUCAAUCCUGUCUGAAGGUGCUGAAUGUUUGAAUUUGCCCCCAAAGGCAUGGUACAUGCAAGAGAUGUACAAGAGAUGGAACAGGAACCCACCAAUGCUGCUUGGUUUGUCUGUCUGCAGUAGGGGUUUUUUCCUAAUUGCUUUUAUUCAAACAUUUAAAGUUCGGCUAAUUAUGUCAAUCUAGUCUUUCUGUAACUUUCCUGGGAGUCCAUGUGUCUGGUGGUGAGUCGAAAGACUCCAUCUGCAUAUGUUCAGCAAGCCUAUAUUUGCUCUUUGCAUUGCCUGGUUGCUAAAGCCUAGGGAAGCUGUCAGGUGGGGAGGAAAUUCUGUCCUCACCAAGAGCCGCAGGUUAAAACCUUGCGGACGCAGCACCCAGAUGUUAUGUCCUAGUGAAUGAAUCACCAGCUUGCUCCAGGUGGGUGCCCCAGAUGUGUGUAGCAAAGAACCCCACCGUGUGAAAGUCUGUUCCUUUGGCACCGCUCUGUUCCUCUCAGAGAAAGGGAGAGAUGACUCUUCUUCUGUGGUAGGAAGUCUCUAGGUACCUUCCAGCCUGUACCCUCUAUCUUUUAGUAUUUUCUUUUUACACAUUGGGCUGAGAAUAGUAGACGAGUUCAGCUCUCCCCUGUGGUCCAGACCAUGCAUUACUCUGAGCCCCAGGGAACAGACCAGCAGCAGAGAAGCCUUAGUUAUCUCAAGGCUCUGUCAGAGAUGGAGAACACCGAUGGACAAAUUGGUGCUGGAGACAAAUGUAAACUGAGCCUGUCAGGGUUGCAUUACACUAGCUGCUGAUCAGCGAUCAUUUAAAAAACUUAAUACAAUAUCUAAUACAGUACUUAAUAUGAUACUUGUAAAUCUGUGAUUAAUAUGCUAUUUAAUGCUGAAAUUUGUGGCAAGUAGUAAGGCGUCUGGGUGAAAGAUGUGCUGGGGUAAGGGCUUGCUUCUUUGAACCUCAGAGGCAUGAAUGUGAUCCUUCCAAAGGAAUCUCUUUGUAAUAGUGCUGUGUUUCCUUUUCUUUGCUCAGCUUCCCUGUAACAGUGAAUGAGAUGAGAGAGGAGAGGAGACAUGGUACUUCAAAAGUAUUCGUAGUCAGCUUCCAGCAAGUCUUCAUACAAGUGUCACCAGCAUAAUGCAACCAUACCUAAGUUACUGGGCUCUUGCACAGUAAAAUAAGAGGUGGCAGGUCUUAUGUUCAUGGCGGGUGUGCUGGAAGCAGCUGUGCUUUGUUGGCUUCUCUCUCUCCUGAUCUCAGUAAAGCCUUGCCUCUGCAAAUCAGCGGUGCACAGGGCUGCUCUGACAAAUUUAAAGUCUGAGUGGAUUUAACGACCUCUUUAAUUCCUGUGUUUUGCUCCCUGCCAGCAACUACCCUGGAAAGCUUGAGGCCUUCAGGCAUUUAUGUCUUUCCUUGUUAACUCUACAUGCUUUCAGUCCAGGACAACUAAGGGUUUGGAGCUGUUGCUCUGGCAGAACUGAGGCCAGUGUUCUGCACAGUUGAGCACAGUUAUCCUGCUGCUUCUCUAGGUGCUGCUGGAGCCUUCCCUGAAGUGCCUUUUUGGCAAACAGUGGCAGAGGGCAGGUGACUGGAGCUGCUCGGGGAUUUGUGACUGAGUGAGGUGCGAAUUGAAGGUCCUGCGUGCAGUGAUGUUGGCCCAGCUUUCUCUCAUAUCACACAAAACUGCCAUUCUGUUUUCUGUGCAGUUGUCUACUGGGGAGUAUCGUAGACAGUCCUUUCUGUUACCUUGCCCUAGAUGUGUGCUCUGCCCAUCUUGCGUUCCUGACUUAGCUGUGCUUAAAUCUCUUUCCACACUGUUAAAGGCUCCAUCCAUGCCUUCACUGAUCUGUGUUUUGGUUUGGUAGGUGAGUGAUUCAAGCACAUAAUUCAACUGAGCUAUUGAGGGGAUGCCCUGAUUUCAACGCCUGUUGAAAACAUUGUGGAGUAGAAAGAUUCUUAAGUGAAUUAACUAGAUCAAGGAAUAUCUUUUGGGUCAAUGCAUGAACCGACAUUAUAGCCAGCUUUUGCCAGGGACAAGAAGAGUUUUCUGAAACAACAGGGGACCUACUGGAGUCACCAAACCCAGACAAAAGCCGCAUAGGCAAAAUGUGCUUACUGACAGGAUUAAUACUCAGGCUUUUAAAUACUAAAAAUCUCCCUUAUACUGACAUCAGACUGCCAGCAUGCCUGUCAGGAGGUGGAGUAGCAGAUUGGGCUUCUCUGCCCAAAGCCGUGGCGCCCACUGUGGAGUUUGCAAGUGGUUUUAGCAUAGGUAGUUCCACUAAGCUGUCUCUUGUCUUAUGUUUCCACAUGAUGCUGUCUUCGUGUUUGCUGACCGGGUGCAGGCGCCAGCUCUGAUAACCAGGCUGUGCUGAGCUGGGGAUGUGGAAAUCUCAACGCCGGUCUCAGCCUGGCAGAGCUCUGCUGGCUGUUGCCUUACAGCAAAACGUUGUCCCUUUCUGUCACUAAAUUAGAGCGCAGAGCCCUCCUCUCUGAACUCCACUGGCAUCUGCUAGCAGCACAUUAAGACGCUCCUUUCUCGAGCAUGUCUCUAAACUGUCAUAUAAGCUCACCCUGGAGAGGUUAUUUUUAAAGUUUAUUUUUGUGACUGUAAAUUUGCCUACAAACAACCCACUUAAUCUAACCUCUGUUUUCUCUUCAACAUGUUUUAGCUGUGGAAUUUAUACUUGCAUCUCAGCUUUUUAAAAGAUUGUGUAUGUAAAUAUAUUAUAUAUUUUUACAUUGUUUAUGCUUUGUUUGCACGCUUGGUGUAAGAUCCUGUAGUGGGAUGAAGUUACUCACAGUGGGGUUCGUCUGUGUGUAUCCCAAUGUCUCAUUGUACUAAACUAUAUAACUUGUACGCGACGCCACAGAUAAGAGUGGAAAUACAGUUUUCUUUCUCACCAAA